AUGUCGGAAAAAUACGAAGCUCCCCGAAGAAAACCUACACGUCGUGAGCAGAGCGCAAGAUCUAGCGAAGGCACAGUCAGCACAAUGAUGAGCAAUUCUACUGGAAGGGAGUCGUCGGCGACGCAUGUUACAGAGGGUCCUGCAUACUCGAAGAAGAUUGUCGUAGUUGGUGAUGGUGGAUGCGGAAAGACAUGUCUUCUUAUAAGCUACAGUCAAGGCUAUUUCCCAGAGAAAUAUGUACCAACAGUCUUCGAGAACUACAUUACCUAUCCAACUCAUCAAGCAAGUGGCAAGACACUGGAGCUAGCUUUAUGGGAUACUGCUGGUCAAGAAGAAUACGACCGUCUCCGCCCUCUCUCUUACCCCGAGACCGAUUUGUUGUUCGUUUGCUUUGCAAUUGAUUGUCCCAAUUCCCUCGAGAACGUCCUGGACAAGUGGUAUCCUGAGGUAUUGCACUUCUGCCCAUACACACCUCUGGUACUCGUCGGCCUCAAGUCGGACUUGCGAACGAAACGAACAUGCAUCGAUCUCCUCAAGACCCAGGGAUUGACUCCUGUUACACAAGAACAAGGUCUAUCGGUUGCUCGCAAAAUGGGAGCACGAUACAUGGAGUGCAGUAGUAAGGAAAUGGUCGGCGUCGAUGAGAUCUUCGAAGAGGCCAUCAACACUGUUGUCGCCAACGAUCGAAGUAAUCAACGGCAAGAGCCAGAGCCAAGUUCCGGGGGACAGACCCAAUACCCAGUCGUCAGAAAGAAGAAGCGGAACUGCCGAUUCCUCUGA